GCCCACAUCUUAAAAUAUCAGUUUACCUACAAACAGCAGCAUUCAAAUUCCCUUCACAUUUUUCUCUUUGUAAACACAUUUUGUUUCAAUGGCACCAAAGGCAGAGAAGAAGCCAGCAGAAAAGAAGCCGGUGGAGGAGAAGAAAACCACCGUCGCCGAGAAAGCUCCGGCUGAGAAGAAGCCAAAGGCCGGGAAGAAACUCCCAAAGGACGGCGGUGCUGCUGCCGGAGAUAAGAAGAAGAAGAAGGCCAAGAAGAGCGUUGAGACUUACAAGAUCUACAUUUUCAAGGUGCUCAAACAGGUUCACCCUGACAUUGGGAUUUCGAGCAAGGCCAUGGGUAUCAUGAACAGUUUCAUUAACGAUAUCUUUGAGAAGUUGGCCCAAGAAUCUUCUAGAUUGGCCCGUUACAACAAGAAGCCCACAAUUACUUCUCGGGAGAUCCAGACUGCUGUGAGACUUGUACUUCCUGGAGAAUUGGCUAAGCAUGCUGUUUCUGAGGGUACUAAGGCUGUUACCAAGUUUACUAGCUCUUGAAGUUCUUUCUAAUGGGAUUGUUGUUAGAGUAGUUUUUCAGUUUAUGGUUAUGUUUGUCAAGGAUUAGUUGAAUCGGAUGGUACUUCACUGUUUUUUCUUUUGUUUUUUUUGGGGGGGGGGGGGUGUUUACCCAUGGAUCUUCUCGAUCCAGUAUGUGUAGUUCAUGUUUGGAAUACAAUCGUAUUAUAGUUCUAUUUCAGUUCUCAA